AUCAGAGAGUCGGUAGACUCUCUAUAUAGGGACGACACGGGUGAAAUCUCACGUGAUCCGCGUACAAAACGACUAAAAACUCGACCCGCUAGCUCCUUACCGGAAGCACUUGAAGCGUUGAUUUUUUCACAGAACGUCUCCGAAUUUGCCGGAGGUGUGCACGCACAUCAAGCGAUCGUUUGUUUCUUGCCGCAAGUCACUACGGUAGAUCGUUGAGCUCUUCCUCGGUAGUCACUGAACAACGC